AUGAAGGCGCUGGAGGUGGCUCGACUUCUUCGACGCGGCGGUGACUCCUCGCAGGCGGCUUCUCGCUUCCUCGAGGGCCUCAGCGUGCGGUGCCAGGCUCCAUCGGCAGGAGGAGGGGGAGGUGUGAGGGCCGGCAUCUUUACAUUCGAGGAUGCUGCCUCUUUGGCUUUACGCUUUGCACGUCACGCGCCGCCACCUCCUCGGAGAUUCUUCGAGGAGGUAGCGUCCUGCCUGGAGGCUCCACUGCGUGAGGCUGCAGCGGAGCGCCCACUCGCAUUGCCAGUCUCGCUGAGUCGUGACGAGGAAGCAGACUCCGUUCUGACGACAGGUACAUCGGCUGUGGUCCUUGCAGACGCUUUUGCCCGCACUCGCUGUCAUGAAGGCAUCAAAGUCCUGGGACUGGUUUGCCUCAGUGCACCACCAAAUCUGAGCAUUUCGCCCGUGGAGGUGCUCCAGCUGAUUGAGUCGCUGUCCCUACUUGGGCCGCAGGCAUUCCGAGACCCAGCUGUUCGCAGCUUUUUGCUGAUGCGGCUGCAAGAAGCCUCGUCGCAAAUGGAUGCCUGCUCGCUGGCGCAGUGCGGUCGGUAUUUGGCAGAAGCAGGCCUUUACUCUCCCGAGCUCAGUGAAGAGAUCGCCCAGCAUCUAGCAGCUAAUCCCUGGUGCUUCAGACCCGGCGAGUUGCAAGAUCUCUUGCCACACUUCCAGACAUGGAAACUCGGCGAGGUUCACAAGAAGGCUUUCCACAGCCUCGGCCGCCGCAUCUCUGAGCACGCAGAGCUCCUAAGCCCCGUGCAGGCACUCCAGGUCAUCGAGACCUUCACCAACAUUGGGAGUGUCCACGAAGUCGCUUUGCAGACGCUCUUUCUGCGUUUGCUGCUGGAGCGGUCUUUCACGGAGCUCCCCGAGGAUGGGAUCGCCCGGCUUGCUGCAUCAAUGUCCAAGGUGCAGCAUUACCACACCGGAUUGCUGCGAGAGAUCGUUAUCCACAUCAGAGAAGAGCCCGAAGUUCUCGCUGCCUGGGGUCCAGAGCAACUCGCUGGCCUCCUGAGGAGCCUCGGGUUGGCUCCAGUCCGUGUGCCUGCUGCCACGCAGAUCAUGCUUGGCUGCAGAUACACCGCCCUUUUGCCCGACAUGACCAACAAGGACUUGAAGGAGUUCUUCGAAGUGUGUGGCUGGCAUCCGGAUCUUCUCCGACGUGUUCUUGGCACCCAGGCGGCGCGAGGGCUCCCCCAGAGUCUGGCAGCCGCUGCGCGCGAAUGGGGGCCUCGUGCCUGUUCAGAUGCAGCUUUGGCGUUGACGCUUGCGGCUGACACAUCCGUAGCCAAGGCCUUCACUUUUGGAUGCCAGGGUUGCUCCUGCCAAGCAGGUGCUUCCGGUGCGCAGCGCCCACGUACACAGUUCCGCUCCGAGCAGCCUGCGUCGCAGCUGCAGGUGAUCCUCCGCGCAGCCCGUACAUACAAGGAUCCUGGUUUGCGGCAAACUGUCGCGAGACCAGAGAUGCCACUGAAGCGCCAUGCAAAGCACCUCUAUCUUGCUGGGGAGGAGGCGCCUCUGAAACUGCUGGGCAGCGGGAAGUGCCAGGCGCUCUGGGCCCUACCCGUCCGCGGCCGCCGCAGCUCUCAGCGAGAGCUGCCGGGGCAGUUUCUACAGGUAGCAGCGGCACUUCUCACAGAGGUGUUGCCCACUCUUCUCGGGCGCCUCCGUGACGGCUCCAAUGCUUUAUCGGAGCUUCCUGGUGCUUCACUCAUUCCGGCUCUUCUGGGAGAGCCGGCUCCCUUGGAGAGCAUCGGCGGGCCGUUGCCACCGCCAGUGGUGACCCCCGCUGAGGAUCAGAUUCUCCUGGGAGAGAAGCAGCUCCAGCUUCCGUUGGAUGACGUGGAAAUGCCAGGGCAGUCAGGGCAGCAUCGAGCAGCUCCGACUUGGUGGGAGAAGAUCUCGGAGCCUUCCAUUGCCGACGCCACUCCCGAAACUGAGUCAGAUGAGCGCGAGCUCGAGAGCAUGCGGCGCUCGGAGAUCUUGGAGGUUUGUGUGCAGUCGUUGGCUGUCAUGCAGCUUUGCUUCUCGGCAGGUCCGUCGACGCGCCUCUUUUCUGUACUGCCUCUUCACACAGUCAAGACCAUGGCAGCAAUGCUGCCCAUGGUCAACUUUCUCUUGCGGCCUCGCAGAGAGGAUGAUGCUGUUGCUCAGCGAUACCACCUGGGUCCGCAGCGAAUGGAGGCUUUCGUGCGACGCCCGGAUGAGCACAUGCAGAAGGAGGUAUUCAAGGUGACCCAAGACCUGAUUCCCAUGAUCCCCGGGCUGCUGGGCUGGCGAUACUGGCCUCGGCGGAAGCAGGACACUGUGCACGGAGAGGAGACGGGUGGUGCUUUGCUAUCCUUGCAAAGAGACCUUGAGGUGCCUCCCUUCGUGAUUUGCAUAGUCCUGAGGCCUAAAAAGCCGAGCUACACCCAGCAGAGUGCCGAUGGCUCUUUCUGGACUUCAUCACAUUCUGAGACCACAAGACCACCGGAGAAGGAUCAUGGGUAG